AUGGAUUGGAGGAGUUCGCUCUCUUCACUGACUCGCUACGAGAGCAUCGAGAGGAUAAAGUCUGCACUUCUGGCGGCUGAUCCUUCAGCCACUUCGGCGCAAAAGGAUGCCUUUGCCCUUGAGAACGACGCCUUCAAAUCGUCCAAGUCCCUGGUAAGCGCCGUCACAAAGCCGAUGCCUAUAGUUGGCGCCCCUCCAGUACCUGCCAAUAUUAAACGUGAAGGGCAGCAUGAGUACGAUGCCACGUGCCAAGUCAAACCCGAAAGGGCUUCCGAGUUCUUAACCGCUUCUCGCGAGUCAGAGGAGGAGACCGUGGCCACGGAAACGCCAGGCAUAACCGUUGGAAAAUACCAGAACUGUCACUUUGUCGCCAGUGGUGUUACCGCAGAAGUCUAUAGAGCCGGGCGACAAGCUCUGAAGAUCAUCACCGAGACCCGGAAUAUUGAGCCGCACAAUCCGCACAGGGAAGCCAAGAUACUGGCUUCACUGAGAAAGCCCUGCAUACCGCUACUCGAAACGUUCAGAGACCAGGAGCAAAGGUUUGUCCUGGUGUUUCCGUACAUGCCUCUAAGCCUGGAGGCCCUUCUGGCUAGGGGCAAUAUAUCACUCGGGCAGACAAAAAAGCACUUUCGGGACCUUUUCAGUGCUUUAGAACAGCUGCAUGACAGCGGCAUCAUACAUCGAGAUGUAAAACCCUCAGCGCUACUUCUUGCGUCCCCCAACGGCCCGGCCUACCUCUCCGAUUUUGGCACAGCCUGGCAUCCUGAAUUGUCAGCAACCUCCGAGCCCCCGACCGACAAGGUGCUGGACAUCGGCACUGGUCCAUACCGCGCACCCGAGGUCUUGUUUGGCGACAAGUGCUAUGGCUCAGCCGUCGAUAUGUGGGGAGCUGGCACGAUGCUUGCAGAGUGCUGUCGCGAUCCACCGCUACCUCUGUUCGAGUCUCGCCCCGUCCACGAAGAUGGUAAUCAGCUCGGCUUGAUCUUGAGCAUCUUCAAGACCAUGGGAACCCCGACUCGAAAGACCUGGCCGGAGGCGGCAAACUUUAGAACACCUCCUUUUGAGAUGUAUCGCGCGUUUGAUCCAAGGCCAUGGGAAGAUAUCCUACCAGACGUUGACCCUGAUAUGAGAAACCUGAUUUCCAACUUAGUGAGAUACGAUAGCACAAGGGCAUCGGCAAGAGAGGCUCUGCAGCAUCUGGCAAAUUUCCAAAAGGAGGAAUGA